AUGCUUGGUCGUGCUCAUUUUCCACACCAAAGCUGUGUCCAUAAGCUAACCAUGCUGGUCCUACAUACCGAAAUAGCUUUAUCCGGGUACAAAUCAACAAGUUUAGUGCAAGAUAAAGAAAAACUGUGUCCAAAUGUCAAAUGGCAUGCCACCAGCGCUUCAGAAUCUAAGUCCGAAGUAAAAGCCUCCCCAACUAAAAAGUCUCCUGUGAAGGAGAAGCAGACACCCACGAAAGAGCAGAAUGCAGCCAAGAAAGACAAAGAAAAUAAAAGGCAGAAGCACCAGCUCAAAAGAAAAAUGAUAAAAAAUCUGCAGCCACCACUAAAAAUAAUCAACAGGAUGAUAACAGCAAAAGCUGCAGCAGAAGUCGAAAAGGUCAAGGAAGUUGUGCUUACACCCGUAGUUGAAGCUGUUAAAGAGGAAGCUCCUGCUGAUGAUAAGAAGAAGGCUAAGAAAGCUAAGAAGGUCGAAAGUCAACCUAAGGUUGAAGCUGAGAAAAAAGAAACCAAAAAGGAAGUGAAGAAGGAAGUUAAAAAGGAGGUCAAAGCAGUCGAAGAGGAGGCUGUUAAAGUUGCAGUUGAGCCUGAAGUUGCUAAAACUGCUGCACCUGCACCGGUAUCAGACCAGCCUGUUGCUUUUGAUGAAUUGGGAGAUGUGUGGACCGAGGCCAAAGCUGCAAAGAAAACCAAGAAAAAAGCUCGCAAGGAAUGAAUAAAUAUCACAUUGUAGAUAAUUACUAGAAGAAAAAUUGACGAGUUCUUGUCUUGUCUGUCUAAAUAAUACAAGACACUCGUGUGAUGGUUUGUAUCAUAUCUGUCAGUCGUAUAAAUGCGGUUGAAACUUCAGAAUCAUAUGCUGAUAUAAUUUUGGUUUUUGAAACAUAAUUUUGUUGAAUGUUUCUAAGUUUUAUCGAGUGAAAAGUGCACUGCCUUUUCUCAGCUGGUACCUGAGCUUUGUAAAAAAAAUUGUUUUAGUCAAAGUACAUGCAGCUUUUGUUGAGAUAAAUAAUUAAUGAGUCAAAGGCUGCAUGUAUUUAUAUUUUGUAAAGUGUAAUAACUUUUUCGGGAGAAUGAUUUUUAGAGAUUGUGUUUUUAGAUUUUGUUUGCAAAAUGACCAACUAAUUGUUAACAACGAUGUUUUUUUUAUUGUUUGAAGAUAUUAAUAGUUUAGAAUGGAAGUAAACUCAUCAUAUUAGGAGGUCCAACGGAAUUAGGGUCGAUUUAUACAAACAAUACAUUUAUAUACAUAUAUAUAUAUAUAUAUAUA